AUGCAUAUUAAUUUGCAUCUGCCUAUAACGUGCCAACCUUCUGUCAGUGGGUAUUGUUCACUGCUUCAGCCAUGCGAAGCAAAAUCGAUGUUCUCUAUUCAUUAUCUAUCUAUCUAUCUAUCUAUCUAUCUAUCUAUCAUUUCACCAAUUUCUCAUCCGACACGCCACAUAUUUGGACAUUGUACCAUUUUCUUCAGAUAUUUGGUAAUAGUACCCGUAUCUUCAGAUAUUUGGUCAUAUAACUCUUUUCUUCAGAUAUUUGGUCAUAGUACCCUUUUCUUCAGAUAUUUGGUCAUAUUACUCUUUUCUUCAGAUAUUUGUACCCUUUUCUUCAGAUAUUUGGUCAUAUUAGAUAUAUGGUCAUAUUUUCUUCAGAUAUUUGGUCAUCGUACCAUUUUUCAGAUAUUUGGUCAUAUUAUUUUGUCAUAUUUACUUCAGAUAUUUUUCUUUAGAUAUUUUAUAUUUGGUCAUUUACUUUUUCUUCAGAUAUUUGGUCAUUGUACCAUUUUCUUCAUAUAUUUUCUUCAGAUAUUUGGUCAUAUUACUUUUUCUUCAGAUAUUUGUUCAUAUUUUUAUUCAAUAUUUAUAUUACUUUUAGAUAUUUUGAUAUUUGUUUUCACAUUUUGUACCAUUUUUCUUCAGAUAUUUGGUCAUAGUACCCUUUUCUUCAGAUAUUUGGUCAUAUACUCUUUUUCUUCAGAUAUUUGGUCAUCGUACCAUUUUCUUCAGAUAUUUGGUCACAGUACCCUUUUCUUCAGAUAUUUGGUCAUCGUACCAUUUUCUUCAGAUAUUUGGUCAUCGUAG